AUGGCGAGCCCCAAGCUCGCGGCCCUGGCGGUGCUGCUCGUCCUGCUGCUGCGGGCGUCCGCCGACGAGACCCCGGCGGUGAUGACGGUGAACGGGUUCCAGCGCGGCGAGUCCGGCGGCGGGCCGUCGGAGUGCGACGGCAGGUACCACGACGACCGCCUCAUGCUGGCGGCGCUGUCCACGGGGUGGUACGCGGGGGGCAGCCGGUGCCUCCGGAUGAUCCGCGUCACGAGCACGCAGACGGGGCGCUCCGUGCUCGCCCAGGUCGUGGACGAGUGCGACUCCCGCCGCGGCUGCCGGGACAACAUCGUCGACACGUCCACGGCCGUCUGGGCGGCGCUCGGGCUCAACACCAACGUCGGCGAGGUCCCCGUCACCUGGUCCGACGCCUGA